AGGUCCCCGAGUCAAUUGCACCCCCUCUUCCUCUCCACCACCUCCCAUUUAUAUUCCUUCUACCCCCCUUUUCUCACCUAUUACUUUCCAGGUUCCAUUUCCCACACAAGACACAUCUUUUUGCUCUCUCUCUCUCUGAGCAACCACAACAUGGGUAGAUCUCCUUGUUGUGAGAAAGAACACACAAACAAAGGGGCUUGGACCAAAGAAGAGGAUGAACGUCUCAUCAACUACAUCAAGGUUCAUGGAGAAGGUUGUUGGAGAUCCCUUCCAAAAGCUGCUGGGUUGCUUAGAUGUGGUAAGAGUUGCAGACUCAGGUGGAUAAAUUAUUUAAGACCUGAUCUUAAGAGAGGCAACUUCACUGAAGAAGAAGAUGAGCUCAUCAUUAAUCUCCACAGCUUACUGGGAAACAAAUGGUCUCUAAUAGCUGCAAGAUUACCGGGAAGAACCGAUAAUGAAAUCAAGAACUACUGGAACACUCACAUCAAGAGAAAACUCUAUAGCCGUGGAAUCGACCCACAAACCCAUCGACCACUCAACGCCGCAGCCACUCCGGCGAUCACGGCCACCGGGACCACAGUUCCACCUACUAAUACUACAAAUCCUGUGGUCACCACAAGCAACAAGAAAAUAAACAACGAUAGCAUUAGCAGCAGCAACAACAACCAUAAUAAUAUUAACAAUAAUAGCGGUUUUCAGUUAGUGACUAGCGCUUAUGCCAACACAAAGAUUGGAACCGAGUUGGUUGGUGAAGAUUCUAAUAGCAGCAGUGGCGUCACCACAGAAGAAGCUUAUUCUCACCGCCAACUCAACUUGGACCUUUCCAUUGGGCUUCCCUCUCAACCCCAAGUUUCUUCAGAGAAGUUGAAACAACAACCACAAGAGCAUGAUCAAAAACCACAUGUUUUGUACCAGUGGUAUGGGAACGUUACCAGCCAAGGUGUGUGCCUUUGUUACAAUCUAGGGUUUCAAAGCAACCAAGCUUGUUGCUGCAAAGCCAUGGGUACUGCUACUACAACUGCCUCCGAUAAUAAUCUGUAUAGAUUUUACAGACCCAUGAAUAUUUAGAGCUUAAAUGUAAUAUUAUUAUGACUGUUUUUUGUUAACAUGGAAAUAGUUGUAGAAUCACAAAAUUUUGAGAAAGUUCCAGAUAUUUUUUGUUUCAAAUAUUUAAAAACUUAAUUUCAUUUUAUAGUUUGAAU